AUGAACCGUGGAUUUCCUUCAAACUGUGGGUGUGGAGCAGGGAUUACGACAUUCACAUCAGGCACUCAAGAGAAUCCUGGACGUCCUUUCUUUCGCUGUGAAACCAGAGGAGAGGAUCACUUGUUCAAAUGGGUGGAAGAAGCGAUGCUUGAAGAGGUUGAAGAUGUACUGCCUAAAGUCGAAGUUCAUGGAACUGAGAUAGCAAAAAUGAAAGCCGAGAUUGAAGAGUUGAUGGAAAUUUGUUUGAACAACAAAAUCGAAAUCCAGAAGAACAAAGCUGUUACGAAAUGUCUUGUGGUGUAUGCUUGCAUCGUUAGUGUUGCAUUUGGUGCAUAUGUUCUCUACUAA